CAGGCAAAGGGAGCUGGAGGAGGUGGAAACAAGAGCGCUCGUUAUUAAUCGUUGUAUGAUGGCCUUUUCUUUCCUCAGCUACCCCGUCCCCAUUUCACCUCGCAUUCACACACGACCACCAUCGACGAUUACCACCUCCAGCAUGCCUUUCACCCCAGAUUCACAACUCAAAUUAUUGUUCCCGUCUGACCUAAUUCCAAACAAUGUUCGAGAGGCUUUGCCCAGCGACCUCCAUGUUCGCCCGCUGGCCUCUGACGAUUACAACCGAGGUCACCUUGAAGUCCUCAAGGUGCUGUCCGUCGUGACCGAUCCCGGUCUGGAGGCCUACAAACAGCACUUUGAGAGCAUGUUGCCCGCCAAUACUUCGUACAGGUCAUCGAGGGGCCAGACUUACUAUGUCAUCUCGAUCGUUUCUCGCGAGACUGACAAGGUGGUCGCUACUGGCACGGUCUUUAUUGAACGCAAGUUCCUCCGGGGGUUGGGUAGUGUAGGGCAUAUUGAAGAUAUUGCUGUUAGCAAGGAUAUGCAAGGGAAAAAGUUGGGCUUGAGAGUCAUCCAGACGCUUGUCGCCAUCAGCGAGGCUGUCGGCUGCUACAAGACCAUCCUCAAUUGUUCGGACGAGAAUAUCCCAUUCUAUGAGAAAUGCGGUUUCAAGAAGAAGGAAAACGAGAUGGCCAAGUAUGCCUCGGAAUCCAGCACUCCAGGAAGACUCUAA